GCUUUGUCCUUCCCAUGACUUUUGUGCUUAGAAGCUCGUGGUCAAGGCCCGACCCUUUCAGAGUUCAACAGCCCGUGCCGUGGUAUUGUCCCCUCUCUCCAACGAUUGACAUGACGUCCGCAAAGACCCCUUCACUAUGCUUAAGUUCGAGCCGCUUGAGCACCGGCUGAAGGGACUCUUAUGACAUUUGGAACGCUAGCGGUCUUGACUGCAACCAGUGCAUCCACAAUUGCGCUCCUUCCACACCUGCAUGUCCGAUCAUAUGCUUGUGCCGUAUUCUCGUCUGCCAAUCUAUGAUUCUCAUCUCUUCGGAAGACUAGAACUUCGUGACCAUCUAUUUGACGUCACGUCUUCUUCCAUGACUUUUGGUUGACAGUCCUCAGCGAAGAAUAAAUACCUCGUGGUCUCCCGCGAAGAACCAACGCCUAUCCAUCAUCAGUCCUUCAUCCAUCUUACUUCGCCAUGUCAUCCAUCGCCAUUCUUGCCCUGCUCGGCACUGUGGCCUCAGCAGCCAAGGUCUGCACCAAUGUCACUGUCCCAGUCUACAUCAACGCAAGACAGGCCGUCUUCAAUGUCCCUACCCUUGAGUCGAACCUUGAUGCCACCACUUUUGCCCUCAAUUUCACCAACAUUGGCAUGAACUUCACCGAUGUUGUCACUACUGGCUUCCAAACCGUCACUGGACACUACAACAUCAGCGCCAAAUACUGCAAGCCUCAAGGUGACAACAAGGCCAACCCCGUUGUUCAAGUCUUGACACACGGUAUUGGUUUCGACAAGAGCUACUGGGACUUGUCAUACGACAACUACGCCUACUCCUAUGUUGAUGUAGCUGUUGCUGCUGGCUACCACACUGUCUCAAUUGACAGAUUUGGAAUUGGCAACUCUUCUCACGCCGAUCCUCUCAACAUCGUUCAAGCCCCCGCCGAGGUUUCUGCCCUGCACGAGAUCACCACAAUGCUCCGUAACGGUACUUUCCCUUCGGUCAGCCACAAGUUUGGCAAGGUUGUACACGUUGGUCACUCUUUCGGUUCUCUUCAGAGCUAUCUUUUGACCGCUCUCUACCCUGGCUCUUCUGACGGUGUUGCUCUUACUGGCUUUUCUAUGAACGCCACUUGGCUCGGCCAGACCCUUGCUGACUGGAACCUGCACCUCGCUCGUCUCAACCAGCCUCUCCGUUUCGGCAACCAGGCUAUUUCACGCACCAAGACCAACACUGCUUGGCUCGGACAGAACGUCAUCUCUAUCCUUCAAUCUGCUCUUGGUGCUGUCGGUAUCGACCUUUCAAGCUACGAGCUUUGGGAAGAAAUCGCCACUACCGAAGUUGGUGACAUUAUUAACGGCUGGAAUGCUACCGUGGCUCCUGUUGCACAAAACUUGCCCACUGGCUACCUCACUUGGAGCGACCUUACAUCAAACAUUUUUGCCUUCCUGUUCCCUGGCCACUUCGAUAUUGGCGCCGCUGUCUACGCUGAGAUGACCAAGCAGCCCGUCGCUCUCGGAGAGAUUUUCACCCUCGGAAAUGGUGCUCCCGCAUCUUCUCCCCACACCGGCCCUGCUCUUGUCCUGACCGGUCGCCAAGACACCAUCUACUGCGGUGGUGACUGUCUCGCUACUGGUGGUGCCGCUGCUAGCAUUCCCGCUGGAGUUGCCAAAGCUUUCCCUAAUGCCAGCAAGUUCGAGGCUUACAUUCACCCAAACACUGGCCAUGGAAUUAACUUCCACAAGAAUGCCACCGGUGCCUACCAGGUCAUUCAAAACUUCUUCUCCUCCAACGGUCUCCAGAGCUCAUAGGUGCAAGACCAAUUGUGAUUCCUCCAUCUUUCGUCUAAUUGCUACUUGGACUCUGACCGACUGUAUUUGUCAUAUCAGCAUGAUCAGCGACCCGAUGGAGCAUCUUUAAUGUAUUAUGUAUAGACAUUGUUUUUAUUCC